CCUCCCGGUGGCGCCGGGGCCGCUCCGGGGCCGCGGGCAGGGUCGGAGCGGCGCCUCAAGGGCCGCUUCCUUCCUCCUGCCUCGGGGGUGAGUCGGCUCCCCGCGUACCGGGGCUGGGCCCUGCCCGGCUCGCCGUGGCUCCGAGGGCAGCGGAACAGCGGUGAGCGAAGGGCCCGGCAUAGGGGGCGGCUCGCCGGGUUGUCCGGGACGGCCCGAGGGAAAGCCCGUGUGUUCCGAGGCGCGUCGGUGCGAGCUGUCCUCUGUGUGUGUGUGCACUGUACAAACUCAUUGGCUGCAAGAAGGUUCCCAUCUGGCAUGCUGCAAAUCCCAAGGAAGGCAGCACAAUCGAAGACACAUCUGCUGCCAUGGUGAAUGAGAAGCACAAUGGCACCCUGCUUGUGCAGCUGGGGCCCAAACUGCAGGCCCACCCAGAGAAGCUGCUGCGGCAGCGGCGAGGCCACGACGAGCGGCCGGAAUACCUGGUCCGGUGGAGCGUUGUUAGCUUGGAAGAGAGAGCGGCGGGAGGCAGCAGUGCCUGCUCUGGAGAGAGCAAGGCAGAGAACAUCUCCCUGUGGAUGUCUGCAGAAGAGGUGUGCGCCAGCUGCCCGGCGCUGCUGGGCCAGAGGAGGCCGGAGGGGCCGAAAGAGGAGAAGGCGCCCGGUGCCUUGUCCGCGCUCAUCCCGCUGGACGAAGCCUCGCUGCUGGAGAUGAAGGCCGAUGUCAGGAGCCUGGUGCAGCGAGCCGGGCGCCAGGUGGCCGAGGCCGGGACCCCCGAGUGCUCCAUCCUGAGCACGGUGCACGUGCUGGGCGCCUACGCCAGCAUCGGCUCCCUGGCGGGCGCCUUCAGGGAGGCGGGAGCCCUGGAGCUGCUGACGGCCAUGCUGUGCCACCGGGAGAAGCGGAUCCGCCGCGGUGCCGGCGAGAUGCUGCGCGCUCUGGGCGCUCAGGAUGCAGGAGUCUGGGCCCAUGUCCUGCUGUCCCUGAGCCAGCAGGAUGGCAUUGAGCAGCACAUGGACUUUGACAGUCGCUGCACCUUGCUGGAGCUGUUUGCUGAGAUCACGUCCUCUGCAGAGCACUGCAUGUCCUUCGAGGGGAUUCACCUCCCGCAGAUCCCUGGGAAGCAGCUGUUUGUCCUGGUGAAGCGCUACCUGUGCGUGACUUCUCUCCUGGACAAGCUGAGCAGUGGCGUGGAGCAGGGAGAGGAGCAGCAGGGCUGUGCUGUGCCCGGCCCUGUCCCUGAGGAGAGGAGCCGUGUGAAGCAGGAGUUUGAGUUCAGCAUGGCCAUGGCAAACCUCAUCUCGGAGCUGGUGCACGUGAUGGGCUGGAGCCACAGGCACAAGGCAGAGCCGCUGGGCCAGCGGGACCUGCAGCCUCGCCCUGCCCGCUCCAUCUUCCAGCACAGGACCCCGGCCAGCACUGCUGUCCAAAAGCCUGUGUUGCCUUCAAAUCCUGGUCCUCAGAAAAAGCAGGGCUGUACCUUCCUGACUGCAUCAGACUUCUCUGACAGCAGUGACUACACAGAGUACUUGCGGGCAAACCUGGUGCGUGGCAUGAGGGUGCGCUUGCUGGAGGAUUGUGGUGACGUUAGAGCUGGGGAGGAAGGCGAGUUUCUCCAGAGCACGAAUAACAUGCAGACAGUACAGGUUUUACGGCAGUCAACGGGUCGGACCUACUGGGUGCGUUGGCACAUACUGGAGAUUAUUGGCUUUGGGGACAAGUGGGAAGAUCCUGCUGCUCAGGACAAGGAAUAUAGUGUGAGAAAGAGCUUCAGUCUAGACACAGGUGAGAUUGUGAUGCAUGUAUGUAUCAUCUCUUUCUUUCUGAUUAUCCUGUGGGAUAGGAGUAGUGACCUUUUAUAUCAAAAACACACAGCAAGUAGCAGGCUGGGUUCAGAAAGCACUAUUAGUUUUGUGUGAACAUGUAAAGCUAGUUAAGGAAUUGCAUGGCUUGUGAUUAAAUGGAGUAUUUAAUGGAGUAUUUUUGAACCCUAGACUUCUGUCAAGAUGUAUAAUGAAAGUAAUGAUAUAAAGAGCAUAAAAUUUUAUUUAAACUGCAACUGUCAAAACUUUGUGUUUGAAUUAACUGACUGAACUGCCAAAACAUGACUUUCUCUAGAAAAUCUUAGAAUUUCUCUGAGAUUAAGCUUUUGGGGGCACUCAAGUCCCCUUAAGUAAGUG